GCCCCUUUCCUUUUCCAUCUAAGUAUCUAACUGUCGGCAAAAAAUUUUGUGCCUUUAUUUUGGUAAGCAACAUCUUGUGUGCCUUUAUCUCUGUAGAAAAGAUGGCUGUUGUGAUGUGUUCAAUAGAAAUGUUUUUUUAGCACAAUCAGAUAGACUGUUUUUCCCUGUGUUUUCACUAGCUUUACAACCCUUGUGUAAAAGCAGAUCUUUAAAAGUAGGCUGAAUAUGUGUUGUGUGGCUUUCGCAUUGGAGAUACCAAUCUUUAAUUGUGUCCUGUAAGGAAGGAAUAAAGCUCUGAUGUAACAAAGGAUCAAAGGGAAGUAUAAUACUUUGAGCAUCUUGAGACAGCUAGUUUCUUCAUGCUUCAUCUGCAUCCUAGUUGGAGAACAAAUACCCUGCUGUACUUUUGCCUCUAUUUAUUCACCAAUCAGCCAUAAAACAGGUCGCAGCUCACAAGGCCAUUGUAAGCAGGUGAUCUUCCUCCAAUAAUCUUCUCAGCUGGCAGAAGUCUGAGAGCACGCUACAAUGGCGAAGAUGGGAGCUGCUAUUCUGGUCUGCAUAGUGGUUUUAGCCCUGGAUGUCACAGCUGGCAUACUAGGAAUUGAGGCACAGGCUGCUCAAAACAAGGUUAAAAAGGUGACAAUUCUCUUCAUCCAAUGCGAGAAACCAGUUUACAGAGCAUACCAACUUGGCCUUGCAGCUGCAGUGCUUCUGGUAGUUGCCCAUGCGAUAGCCAACUUCCUUGGUGGCUGUGCCUGUAUCUGCUCUCAGCUGGAGUUCAUCAAGGCUUCCAUUAACAGGAAACUGGCAGCCACUACCAUCAUUCUCUCAUGGAUUGCCCUGAUUGCUGGAUUCUCGCUGCUGCUCGCCGGUGCCAUGUCCAACUCCAAGUCCCAGACAUCAUGCCGGUUCACUCAAGGCCACACUUUGGGCCUUGGAGGGAUCAUGUGCUUCGUCCAUGGUGGUAUCACGGUCGCCUAUUAUGUCACCGCCACUGCCGCAGCGCACGAAGUUCCUUAGUCGAGCGGCAAAGUAUAAUAUAAUGCUUUUGCCCAAGAGACGAUCACUAUUCUUUCCUUGUUUCAGCUGCUUCGUCCUUUUCUGCUUUGUGAUUUGGCUUUUACAAGCAUGCGGUUCUCUCUUGUACCAGAGUCAAACUAAAAGGAAAAUAUAUGCUUGUUGUUUGAUUUGUUGCUAUUGCUGAGAAAAACAUGUGAAAGUUUGUGUCAA